AUGUCAAAUCCAAUCCGACUACGGUCUCUCUACCGUUCUCUCCUGCGGGAACUGCCGCCACGGCCUUUAGCCAAGUCGCAAUCUCGAUCACCUCUACACAACCGUCUCCGAAACACCUUCUCGAGCGAUGCGCCGAAUGAACGCGCCGUUGAGGAAGUCAAUCAAUUGGUGCGAUACUUAAGGGCGCAAAGACAGUACACAACAUUGCUGGAGCGAUACAACCCGGGCAUGGGCAUGGACGAAGAAGAGCGAGUUAGGUUGACAGCACGGAGAGUGGGCAUGGACCUACCUGUUGAGUACACCGAGGAUGGCCAGAAGGAUUGA